UUCAUCUUUUUUCAAAAAUUCCCCAACUUCCUCCAAAAUUUUCACAUAAAAAUCACAACUUUUGAUGCUACAAACCAUUUUCAUAAGCAAAUCCCAAAUACAGUAAAACAAAUUUUCAUACGCCCAUAAGAAAACAGAGAUACAGAGAGAGAGAAAAGGUUGAAACUUUGACAAUAGUAUCGAACGAACCGAUUGAUUCCUUCCUCUCAUCUCAUCAUUGUUCCCUCAGGUUUACUCCUUUGACCCAAUCUUUAGGUUUUCGGAUUUGGGUAACCAAAAAGGUUUCGCCUUUUUCGCUUCUUUUGUGAGUUUGUGACACAUAUAUUAGAUUUUGAUUUCUGGGUGUUGUUCUUUGUAUUCGAUUAGCUCUGUUUCAAUCAUAAAGGUUGAAUCUUUAUCAAAUGACGACCAGUUUCGAUGAUAUUUUGGUCUCUUCAAGACAACUCCUUUUGCUUGCUUCGAUUUGUUGCGGUGCUCUCAUGUGCAAAAUCGUUUAUGACUUGACUCGUUUCAUUAGUCCAUUGCUCUUUGGUGUUUAUGGAAAACUCGACAGCAAAGUUAGAAUGGAAUGGAACAAUAGGGGAUUCUCAACCUUUCAUGCUGUUUUAACUUCUGUGGCUUCAAUCUACCUCUUGGUGAUAUCAGAUCAGUUUGAUGAGAAUGUUCAUGGUGAUGCAGUCAUCAAUAGUACAACGAGGUUAUCGGAAUCUGUAAUGGGGAUCUCUUUAGGCUAUUUUCUAUCAGACUUGGCAAUGAUCUUUUGGCAUUUCCCUGCUCUUGGUGGUAUUGAAUACGUUUUUCAUCACUUCUUAUCGAUGUUCGCCAUCAUUCUUUCUGUCACAAGUGGGCAAAGUCAGUUCUACAUAUUCAUAGUUCUCUUAUCAGAGGCCACAACCCCAUUUGUUAAUCUGCGGUGGUAUUUGGAUACUAGUGGUCAAAAAGGCUCUAAGGCUUACACGCUCAACGGGAUUGCCUUGUUCUUGGGUUGGCUGGUUGCGAGGAUCCUAUUGUUUAUCUACUUCUUUGUUCAUAUGUACCUCCAUUUCCAUCAGGUGAAGCAAGUGUUUCCGCUAGGAUUUUACAGCCUUCUUACGAUACCACCGGCUCUAGCAGUGAUGAAUCUCAUUUGGUUCUGGAAAAUCACAAAAGGAAUGAUCAAAACACUCUCCAAGGCAAAAACAUCAGGAAUGAAGAAACAGUGAUGGCUAGAAAGAUUUCCAAUUGCAUUCACUUUGAUCUGUCCAUGAUAAAUUGGUUGAUAUUCAUUCUGUGAUUGUCUUUUGAUACCUUUUGGGUUUAUGAACAAGGAUAUGUAUAUUCAAAACCUUUCAGCUGUUUCUUAGGUAUUCAACUUGUAAAUUUAGAAUUAGAAUCAGUGUUUCACGUCACUCAAAAUUCGAUGAUGCUACUCUUACCACAAA